GAGGGAAAAAGCUUCUCCAAAGGGACCCAUGACAUGCCUCCUCAAUAGAAGACUCAGUAUGUGAUCAACUUUUCCUUCUUCUCCUACCCAAACUUUAUUUUUACUAUUUUUCACCUGGAUCAUCAUAAUUUUUCCCAAAAAUACACAAGAAUUGUCUCCCGAAAACGUACCUUCAUGUCAAUUAACAUACCAAAAGAUCCAUCUGAAGGUUCAUCGCGAUCAGCAACCGCGGAUCAGAGCCAUCAUCCAGCACCUUUAAGUCGUUACGAAUCACAAAAACGACGCGACUGGAACACUUUUGGACAAUAUCUGAAGAAUCAAAGGCCUCCGGUUCCUCUCGCACAGUGUAACUUUAGCCAUGUUCUCGAGUUUCUUCGAUACCUUGAUCAAUUCGGAAAAACUAAGGUUCAUAUACUUGGGUGUGCCUUCUUUGGGCAGCCUGACCCUCCUGCCCCUUGCACUUGCCCUCUUAGGCAGGCUUGGGGCAGUUUGGACGCCCUAAUUGGGCGUCUAAGAGCCGCGUACGAGGAGAACGGCGGCUCUCCCGAGAAUAAUCCGUUUGGAAAUAGUGCGAUUCGGGUUUAUUUAAGGGAAGUGAAGGAGUGUCAAGCUAAGGCAAGAGGAAUCCCAUACAAGAAGAAAAAGAAGAGGAAGAAUCAAAUCAAAGCUAGUGAAGAAAUGAAGGCUCCAAAGCUGCAGGCUACUUGAACUUGCUUCAAUCUAGUUUUGUCCACACUAAAUGUCAUAUUUCAGGUAGAUGAAUUGGAUGAUGAAGUUUACAGAAGGUAGAAAUUCUAAGCUUCGGGAAUGGAGCUACAGGAUUCUCUCCUUAAGGUAUAAUUUAUAAGAACACACAUUAGAUUGCAUAUACCUUUAAAAUAAUUAAAUGUGUAGCACAUUAUGUACCUUUAGUUUCAUUGCUUUUUAAGUUAAAAAACCGUAUUUCAACUAGAACAAAAAGUCUGUAAAUCGGAGCAGUGAUCAAUCUUUUGCCACUUUUUUCAUA